AUGAAGCGCUUCAAAAGAGACAAGUACCUGACCAAAUCGUUAUUAGCCGGAGCCGGUGACAGCAGCCCCAACAACCAAGAUGGCCUGUCCAAGAACCAAGUUCGCCGCGCCCAGGUCCGCCGCGCCCAGAUACAACAUCGCCAGCGCAAAGCAAACUACGUCAAGCAGCUGGAGAUGGACAUUUCCCAGCUCCGAGAGCUCAUCACACAGGCCCAGCACGAUACCUCGGCCUUUCGCCGCGAAAACGACGACAUAACCGCCUUUCUCGGACAAAACGGCAUCCUGAGCCCCCCCGGCCUCUCAAUGGGCACAGCGUCACCGAGCGCGGCUACUGUCCUAUCUGACGCGCAGCGGACCGACACCUCGCAACAAAACACCCCCGGAUAUCCCGUCACGGACAGCAUCGACUUGCUCCCGCUCUACGGCUUGGACCAAGAACUUAUCGUCACGCUCAGCUCCAACAAGCUGAUGGGAACACCGGCUUUUAGCGUCAACCCGAGCUCCCCCAACAGCAGCUUCUACACGGGGCCCGUGUCGGCAGACUGGUCGCAAGGCCAGAUCCAACUCACACCCGUCCAAGAACUCACCGUCAUCAACUUUAUUCUCGCCCUGGAACACGUCUGCUGGGACCACUUUUGGGUCGGCGACUGCCACAACCACAGCGUCCAGACCGAGGAGGUCAAGGGCCAUACCCUCAUGGCCUCGUCCUACCUCAUGGCCAACGCCCCCGAGUCCGUCUACGCCGAGCGCGAGGGCUUCCGCAGCCGCUUCCGCAGCGGGCCGACCCUCCAGUGGCCCGCCUCCACCGUCACCCUCGACUCCCUCUACGGCCUCGCCCAGUCCCUCAACCCGGGCAGCGAGGAGAUUGCCCCCGUCCAGGCCUGGUUCGAGCUCGCCACCCGCUACCCCAUCGACACCCUGCUGCUGCGGCCCGCCACCCUCGAGACCCUCAAGCGCGAGUUCAAGGGCGUCGUCCGCUGCGUCGCCUUUGGCGCCGCCAUGGAGCGCGAGUCAUUCGAGAGCAUCAUCCUCCGCGUCCUGGGGCCAGAUGUUAAUGCCCUGGCGUUGCUGUAG